CUGGCGGUCGGCCUCGCCGCGAAAGCUCGGGAGUGUUGGACUUUGAGUCAGUUCCCCGCCGCGGGAAGGGUCCGCACGCGCACACCCGCGACGCCGCAAGCAUUGGGACCCGGAACCCAGCGCUCCCGGCCCGCGCCCGCCCCAGCGCACUCCUGUGCGGCCCGCGCCGCCCAGCGCCGCGUGACCGCCCAUUCCUCCCGGGACCCCCAGCGCCCCGGCCACACCUACCCGAGCCCCGCCCCGCGGUGCAACUCCGCCGUGGCCUGCGGGUGGGCGGGCGGCAGUCGCGUCGCCCCCACCCCGCGCAGCCUUCACCUUGCAGGCAUUGGCUCUCACCCACACGGGGCUGGGGGUUUGGAGCGGAUUUGUUUUUUUAAACAUUUUCCAGCAGACCACAUCCCCGCCCCCCCGCUGGCUGUCCCCCGCCCCCCGCACAUAUACCCUGCACACACGCACGCACACACACACACACACCCGGCGCGCACAGACACACGCUCCCUCCCUCCGCGCUCUACCCCUCGCCCGCCCGCCGCGCACGCAGCCGGCCCCGGCUCCCGGCGCCCCGCGCCCCGCGCCCCGCCACCGCCGCCGCCGAGCAAAGCCGGGCUGGGCUUGGAGCUGCUCAUGGAGAAAGUGCCAGGCGAGAUGGAGAUCGAGCGCAGGGAGCGGAGCGAGGAGCUGUCCGAGGCGGAGAGGAAGGCGGUGCAGGCUAUGUGGGCCCGGCUCUAUGCCAACUGCGAGGACGUGGGGGUGGCCAUCCUGGUGAGGUUCUUUGUGAACUUCCCCUCGGCCAAGCAGUACUUCAGCCAGUUCAAGCACAUGGAGGAUCCCCUGGAGAUGGAGCGGAGCCCCCAGCUGCGGAAGCACGCCUGCCGAGUCAUGGGGGCCCUCAACACUGUCGUGGAGAACCUGCAUGACCCCGACAAGGUGUCCUCUGUGCUCGCCCUUGUGGGGAAAGCCCACGCCCUCAAGCACAAGGUGGAACCUGUGUACUUCAAGAUCCUCUCUGGGGUCAUUCUGGAGGUGGUCGCCGAGGAAUUUGCCAAUGACUUCCCACCUGAGACGCAGAGAGCCUGGGCCAAGCUGCGUGGCCUCAUCUACAGCCACGUGACCGCUGCCUACAAGGAAGUGGGCUGGGUGCAGCAGGUCCCCAACGCCACCACCCCACCGGCCACACUGCCCUCUUCGGGGCCGUAGGACCCCUCCCUCCACCCCCCUCCCUGGCAGCACCUUGAGCAGAAGGCCGAGUUCUGAAGACCCUCCUUGACGCUCCAUUUCUGGGUGCCAAGGAAGCUGGAGGAAUCCCUGACUCAACUUCCCGGAAGGAGGCCUCUGUGGCGGCCAAGGUUCCCCCCUGGAGCUGCCGGGAGGCGGCGCUGGCUGCCUGGAUGCUGACCCCAGCGCGGCGGGCAGGGUGGGGGACCCUUCCUUCUCGCAGAGCGGGGCCCACUCUUCUUAGCUUUUCUACUCACUGUUAGAAAGAGACCUAGCUGAGCAGCUGGCAGGAAGCGGGACAGGUCUAGGAGUCCCUUAGGGAAUAAACCAGCCCCGUUUCUGUCAGCCCGGCCAGCAUGCAGGUCUCCACAUCACCAUCUAGAGUAUCACGCACACAUCUACCAUAUAUACAGAUAUAUUCUAUAUACGAGCUAUAUAUAAAUAUAUAUAUACAUAUAUAUAUAUAUACACACGUACAUAUCUAGAAUGUGUAUCCGCGGGGCCCAGAAGCCUCGGUUUGGCCCACCUGUGAGUGGGGCAGGGAGGGGUUCCGGUUGUGCAGAGAACAGAGUGUUCUGGCAAAGAGGAAAUCCCACAGCAGCGCAGAGGACCUGGGCCUGGAGGGGCAGGGCUGGGGCAACCCAGCUUGGCGGCAAAGCCCAGCCCCUUCUCAGACCAGCUCCCCACAUUCCUGAAUUCCACUUCCAGGCAGAAAGGAAUGGGCUCCCCCUACUCCCUCAGAGGAACUGACUCACCGACUGUCCUAGAAUGGGCAGGGGCAGAGCGAAGUUCUGGAUGGGAUGACCGCACUGGGGGAGGGGCCUCAGUCCAGAAACCUCGACCGCCAGCUCCACCUGCCUUGGCCACCAGGGCAGCCCCGGGGGCAUCCGGGCUGCUGGGCAGCAGGUCGGCGGGACCACAUGCCUAGGUCUCACCCUCAGCUCCCAGGGCCGAGGGCUUUCCCCACCCCACCCUCCUCCUGGCCGGCAGUCGGCCCUGUCUAUUCAUCUGCGUCAGGCUUGCCAGGGGGGCCCCCCAUGUGUGCCCCUUGGUCACGUGUGUCGUCUUCAAGGAUGUUUUGCUGCUGUGGCUCCUGCUGUGUCCCCUCCUGCCAUCCUCAUCCUCAUCUUCAUCUGUGCAACCGCCUGUCCUCCUUUUCUAGUUUCUGAUGUUUGUAACCAGACCCAGCUGUGUCAUUAAACAGACCCGUUCUUGCUGUA